UGCGCCUCCAGGGGGUUGGUAGCUGGAUGGUCGCAGCUCCCCCUGUUCUUCCUCAUGGUAGAGGCCAGAUUGUAACAGUUUCUCUUUGUCGGUUUCCUGUUCAGUUUCUUUGAGGGACUGACCAUGGCGGCCACCGAGAUAGCAAGGCAGAUGGGUGAAGGGGGCCGUACACUCCCACUUUCUGGACAUGUGGGAUUUGACAGCAUGCCGGACCAGCUAGUUAACAAAUCCGUUAGCCAUGGGUUUUGUUUUAACAUUCUCUGUGUGGGUGAAACAGGGCUUGGCAAAUCAACAUUGAUGGACACAUUAUUCAACACAAAGUUUGAAGGAGAGCCGACCUCUCAUUCCCAGCCUGGGGUUCAGCUGAAAUCUACCACAUAUGAUCUAACCGAGAGUAACGUACGGCUGAAAAUGACAAUUGUAAGCUCUGUUGGCUUUGGAGACCAGAUUAACAAAGAAGAUAGUUACAAGCCUAUCGUGGAGUUCAUAGAUUCUCAGUUUGAGUCCUACUUGCAGGAAGAGCUGAAGAUCAGACGAGUGCUUCAUAGUUACCAUGAUUCCCGUAUCCAUGCCUGCCUCUAUUUUAUUGCUCCUACCGGCCAUUCAUUAAAAUCUCUGGACUUGGUGACUAUGAAGAAGCUGGAUAGUAAGUUGAAAAUGAAACCCACUGUGAUUUUGUCAAGUUACGAGAGAUGCUUAUACGGGUAAACAUGGAGGAUCUUCGAGAGCAAACGCACACACGUCAUUAUGAGCUCUACCGAAGGUGCAAACUAGAAGAAAUGGGAUUCAAAGAUACAGACCCAGACAGCAAGCCUUUCAGCUUGCAGGAGACCUAUGAGGCAAAAAGGAAUGAAUUUCUUGGGGAACUACAAAAAAAAGAAGAGGAGAUGAGACAAAUGUUUGUUCAGAGAGUGAAGGAGAAAGAGGCUGAGCUGAAGGAGGCUGAAAAAGAGCUUCAUGAAAAGUUUGAUCGGCUUAAGAAGUUGCAUCAGGAUGAGAAAAAAAAGCUGGAAGAUAAGAAAAAAAGCUUGGAAGAUGAGGUCAAUGAAUUUAAGAAGAGGAAGACGGCAACAGAGUUACUUCAGUCACAAGCACAACAGGCAGGUGGAUCACAAACGCUAAAACGUGAGAAAGAGAGAAAGAAUAACCCUUGGCUGUGCACUGAGUAACAUUCUACUCUGAUUUGAAGAUAUCUUCCUAGAUUAGAAGCUAUUAUGUGGUUUUUCAACUGCAUUAGUAAUUGUUCUUUAUUGUAAUUUGACAGCCUAAUUGUGUAACAAGUAGGAACUUUUUAUAUAUACUUAAAUUGUUAUAUAGUGCUUUCUAAGUAUAUCACGAGUGGUAGUGACGUGCAUGAUAAUGUCUUGUUUAAAAAAAUAUUUCUCACUAAACGGAUUGUAAUUUUUCUUAGUGAUAAAAUUAUGUUUUUGCUGGCAAAAAAGUAUAGUGUUAUAUUUAAGUUAAUUUUGUGUUAAUUUUAUUAUAAUGACCCCAUUAUAUUUUUAAUAAGUGACUUUUUUUUGUAACUAUUUUCAAAGUAGAAAAAAUAAUUGCAAAAUAAAUGCAUGUCAUUCAUACUAAGUAGCAAUUCCAUGAAAAUUUGUAUCUGGUUUGUUAUUAUUAUUAUUAUUUUAAGUCAUUUGAUUUAUAUUGGUAAAUUAAAGCAGCAGAGUCUUCAGAUUAUUGUGCAUCUAGACAUGUAUUUCUACACAUAAUUCACAAUAAAUAUGGGUAUAUACCCUAAAAUACCA